CACACAUCCAUUCAUGUCGACCUCUACCAAUUCACGCGUUUCUUUCGCGUCUUUAACUCCCAACAAUCUAGGAACUGUCCGGAAGCUCAAUUCCGUGCUUUUCCCAAUCAGAUACAGCGACAAGUAUUAUCAAGACAUCCUACGGCCAGAGGUGGAGGAGUUCUGUCAAUUGAUCUAUUACAACGAUAUACCAGUGGGAAACAUCUGCUGUAAACUAGAAGACAAAGAUGGUGAACAGUGUCUAUACCUUAUGACCAUGGGCAUUUUGGCGCCGUACCGAUCACGAACAUUGGGCUCGCAAAGCCUUCAACGCAUCCUGGAUGCUGCCGCGUCGCACACCAAGCCAAAGAUUACUCGCAUCUACCUGCAUGUACAGGUGUCUAAUGAAACAGCCAAACGCUUUUACGAGCGUCACGGCUUCAAAGAGACGGGUGUGCACGAGAAUUACUACAAAAGGAUAGAACCAAAAAACGCAUGGAUAUUGGAAAGAACGAUAGAGCCAGCUUCCAAGUAGAGUGUGUCGCUUCGAGCGCAGGCAUCAGGUUGGCAUCAACCGGGCACGCUCCUAAACUACAACAUGUACAUGCUAUAUUAUAUCUGCAAUAUGAAAGGGAAAGCUG